UCCAAUCGGAACAGAUUGGCAAGUCUGGCAAAAUAUGUCCAUGGUUGUCUUAUUCCCUUUGUUCCUUGCUCUAGUUAUUGUUUCGGCUCAAGCAGCAAGAGUCCCAAGCGAGACACAUGGUUCGAACCAAACAGAUUCAUUCUCUACUUAUCUGGUCAAAGCCAUAGAUUUCUUAUGGGACCCUGCUCGAUCUGGUUAUCAACAUGUCUGGCCGGAAAUGAAAUUUGGGUGGCCAAUCAUUGCUGGGACGUUCAUUGCAUCCUUAGGAGGAGCAUUCGGGAGCGUCGGCGGUGUUGGCGGCGGCGGUUUCUUUGUUCCGAUGUUGAUGCUGGUCAUUGGGUUUGAUCCAAAAUCAGCAACCGCCAUUUCAAAAUGUAUGAUCACGGGGGCAGGCAUCUCGACUGUUUACUUCAACCUGAAGCUGAAGAAUCCUACGUUUGAUAUACCCUUAAUUGACUAUAAUAUUGUGCUGCUUAUGUUGCCCAUAAUCAUGCUGGGGAUUACUACAGGAGUCUAUUUCAGUGUUGUAUUUGCGAAUUGGAUGAUCACUGUUCUUCUGAUCCUUAUCUUUAUAGGUACCUCAAUCAAGGCAUUCUUCAAGGGUGCUGACACCUGGAAAAUGGAAACCAAAGUAAAACAGCAGGAGAGCGCCAAGCUUUUCGAGUCUUCUGAAACGGCUAACGGGUUAGCAGGGUACAGCUUGCUUCCUGCAGGGCCUCAAAAGGACACUAAAAAAACUCAGGUUUCCAUUAUUGGCAACAUUUAUUGGAAAGAAUUCGGACUUCUUUGCUUCGUCUGGCUCUCAUACGUUAUCCUGCAGAUUGCCAAGACUUACACAGCUACCUGUUCAGUCACGUUCUGGAUAGUAAACUUUUUCCAGGUACCGGUUUCGUUUGGAGUGUAUCUGUACCAAGCAAUAGGCCUCUAUCAGGGAUGGAGAGCUAUUCCUUCCAAAGGAGAAGAAGGCACUCGUUUGCCAUUGCACCAUCUGAUUCUGGCCAUUGUUUGCGCUCUGUCCGCCGGAAUUAUCGCUGGCCUUCUCGGCGUAGGUAGUGGAUUUGUCAUGGGUCCCUUAUUUAUGGAACUAGGAAUCGCUCCUCAGGUAGCCAGUGCCACGGCUACGUUAGGAAUGGCAUUCUCAGCAUCUAUAUCUGUUGUGCAGUAUUACCUCUUGAACCGUUUUCCUGUUCCUUAUGCUCUGUAUCUGACCACUGUGGCAGCCAUUUCAGCGUAUUUAGGGCAAUAUGUCAUUGAUAAGCUGGUUAGAUUAUUCGGAAGGGCGUCUCUGAUUAUCUUUGUUGUGGCCUUCACCGUAUUUGUUAGCGCAAUUGCAUUGGGUAAGUGUCCUGCAAGAAGUGGAGUUGGUGUAUCAGACAUGAUUGAAAAGAUUCAGCAGAAUGAAUACAUGGGAUUUGACGACUUCUGCAGAUAGAUUCCUUCACCGCAUCGUUGCAUCUAAAGUUCUAAAGGCCACGUUGAAUAUGAUUCUUGCAGUUGAAUGUCUUCUUUUUUUUUUUUUAAUGCAUGGCAAUGAACAUAUGUAGCGAGUCCUCUAAUUUAUGGGUUAGGAGUGAAUUCGGCAGUAAGACUUAAAUGGGCAGAAAAAAUAAGACAAAAUUUGUAGGAAAUUUAUUUGGGCCGGAUAAUAGUGUUGGGGUGGACUGAACGCAUUCGGCCCGGACAGGUUCGAUAUCCCAUGCCCCCGUUUAUACGACGGGGCUGAAGCAUUUCCAUCACCUACUGCUUUUUAUUAUGAUGGUAAGAAAAAUUGUUUUUUAUAUA